AAACAAUCAAAACAAAAAGCCCGACGAGAGAGAGAGACAGCUCAACUGAAAAAAUCUACCGAUAGUGCCGAUUAUUGCCAUAAAAAUCGUGAAAAAUUAGUGAAAUUAUCAGAAAAACAUAGUGAAACCGAGCUUAGGAGUUACCGGCACUUGAUGGCCCCGGAUUUUCGCAAUUCAAAUCAAAAUUCAACAAACGAUCGCGAAGAUGUCCUUCUCGGCCAAGCUGGAGCUGCUGCAGAAGGGGUUUGCCGACGGUGGUGCUAGUAGCGCCGCCGAAAGUUUACAACAGAUGAGGCAACUGGUCGAAAGCAUUCCGAAGCCAGCCGAUCGGGAAAAGACGGCUGUUUACGUGUUCAAGGAUUUGUUGGCGGUUUUCGGGGAUGUGGCCGAACGGGGAGAACGGGAUCCCCACUGUCAGGUGGUGGCUGAGGGGUUGCGGUAUCUGAUUGAGGUGUGCCGCGAAGCGGACGAAGCCAUUCGGUGCCACUUUGUGCUGCGGGUUUACAACCUGGUGGUCAAGCUCAGCACGCGUGAGGACAAACGAAUGACGGUGGUGCAAUGCGCCCGGCUGAUGGAGAGUUGUCACUGGUCCGAGGAACACAUGGAACUGUUCCUCCGGGUCAGCCGGGUGGUGCUAAAAAUGAUCUACGACGUACACACGCGAAAACUGGACCAGGCCCAUCGGGAGCUGAUUCCGGCGGGAAUCGAUGUGAUAUGCUCUAUCACGGUGCGGUUGAUGAAACACUGCGCCGAUUCGGGGCAGGCGGACACGCGAUCAAAAGCGUUGGGAAUCUACGGUGAUGUGUUUGACAAUUCGGUAGCUUUGCUGUACCGGCUGUUCAGUAUGGAUCAGAAGCGGGCGGGUGCAUUUUUCGACGAAGUGGUGGACGUUUUCCGUACGAGUAGGAAAUUUAGCGAAUCGGAGAUGAAGGAGGCGUUUCACAGGACUUUGCCGUACUUGGAGACUAUCCUGAGUUUCGGAGAAGCGUCCAAACCGUAUUUGAGGUUUCUCGAAGUGCUUAGGAUAUUCGAAGGGAUCAAAGAGGAGCCGGCAGCCUCCUGUGUCUGGCUACUUAGGAAAUAUCUAGGUUUUCAAAAUAGUCCAACGCCGGACAUGGAAUCGUUGAAAUCCGUGUCGGAGAAGUUAAAGCUCCUAAGUGGGAAGUCACCACCGGACGCGCUCCUGAUGGAAGUGGUCAUUUUCAUCACACUUCAGCUAGGGAUUCAUCUCAAUCAAAUUAAGCACCAAUCGGCGGAGUUGGCCGAACCGGUUAUAGAGUUGUGCAAGUCGUUGUUCAAGUUUGGGAAGUACUGUCCUCGGGAUUAUUCCCAGCUGUGCGCCCGUUGUGGCAGUUCCAGUCGGCAUUUCGUGGAUUACGUGUCGACGAUGGUCAUCAAUCUGGCCAUGGCGAUGUCCAAGGCCGGGAAGGUGUUAACACCGGAGCUGGUGGGAUUGGUUUCCGGUUUUCUUCGGCACAAAAUGCUUACGCUGGACGAUUUAAGCUGCGAGAAGAAACAAUCGCUGCUGGACGCAGGACUGCGGUACAUCGUCAACUGGAUUAGGGUCGCUCUACAGUUGGUGCCUGGAAAGGAGCUUUUGGAGCUAGCCCGGUUAGCGGUGGACUUCAAGUACAAGUACGACUUUGGCUUUCUGACCGAUAGUUAUCUAAUAAAACUGAUGGAGAAUUGUCUGAAGGAUUACGGAAUAUGCCAAGCUGCAAUCGAUAUCAAGUUGGUGAGAUUGAUUUCGGCGCUGCGUAAUGGAAGUUCCAAGGAAGACUCCAAGGAAGUCGACGAGACUAUCUAUUCGAUAGUCAAUUUUCAGUUAAGCGCGAAAAACGAAGCUAUUCGUGAUUUGAACCUAGUGGACCUGAUUCAGCGUCCAGAGCUUGAUCUUUUCGGAUUUCCCAUUGACCCGGAGCUUAGCAGGUCAGAAAAAGCGGCAAUCCUCAUCGUAGAAAUGAACUUAGCUUCUCGUUAUAAGAGUUCGAAUGUUCUGCAAUACUUCCAACUGCUCCUAGAACUUGACGCGGAUCCGCUGCGAUUGGGAAUGGCCAUCUACCUGUUUCCUGAUGCUGGAUUCUAUCAGGUCGCUCCGGAAACCGUGGAUAGGUUGAAGCGUAAAAUUCUUGAAGCGCGACCUACGAGCCCGGCAGAUAUCAUUCGCCGACAUGGAGCUCUAGGUGUUCUGAACUAUUACGCUUUCAGCGCCACUUCCAAAAUCACAGUGAGUAAACUGAAAGACUCCCAACUGAAUCGGGAAACUAUCAAGAAAGACCAAAUCAACGAUGUCCUAAAAGAGAACAUUAUGGAGCAAGAGCUAGUUUUGCUAUCGCAAUUGGAAGACACCUACGCCAAUUUCCGGGACAUGGUCCUAGCUUUGGCGGAAUCGUCUUUUCAGCACUUCCAUCUGAUCUACUCACUCAAUCAGAUUUCCUCUAUGAUCGACAACACCAGCCGCUUUUUCGUCAUCAACUAUUACCCUCGCAGGGCCGUAGAAACCCAGUUUCUCAACUACCUCCUAAUCUGCCAGAAACCCGAACGAAUCUUGGAAUUGUGCUGCCCUCUCGGAUUCCUCAUCGAAAACCACCAAAUGUACCUUCAACUUCUGAACGAUCCACUCUACAAAAAGCCCUGGGCGCCCUCCAUAGACGCCCUCAUCCAAAAGGCCACCAACAUCAUCGCUUCCCAUUCAUCCGGCAUCCCAGAGUCCCGGAAAUACCACUUCCUGAAUCUGUACCUGUCUCUCUCCCAAUACGAAGCAUCACACCAGAAUCUCCCGGCAGCCAUCACCUACAUCCAAACCCUCGCCGAGCUCCUCCAAAACUCCCAACCCAGCUGCCCCACCAGUGCCAUCAUCCGGGGUCGCAUCUAUCACACCAUCUUCCGGUUGGUCACCCAGCACAACCUACCGACCCCCCGCCAGAUGCCCAUUCGGAACUUCAUCCGUCUGAUGCUGGCCCAUUACAACGAGUUGCAGAAACUGCCUUCGGACCAGGGAUUCAUCGUGUCCACCAGCACGCUGGAGAUGACGGUGGAAACGGUGCGGUACCUGGUGCUGCGCUACGACACCGAUCGGCUGGAGGCGCACGUGGAGCAACUGUUGCGAUUUGUGCUGAGACGCGGGGCCGGACUCCGGGCGAUGCAGCUGAUGGUUUUGUACGCGGCGAUGAGCGCCGACGGCGAGAAGGAGGACAAGUGUCAGAUGCUGCUCACCUAUCUGGAUCGUCUGUUGAUGUUCCGUCCGCUGGAAUCGGAUAACAAAGCCCUAGUGAAGGAUCCUACCGCCAUGACGCUGGAAGUGCCGGUCAUCUCCCUCGCCGACGAUCCCAACUCGAGGAACCCCAUUCGAAAAGCCGUCAAAUACGCCAAAUCUCCAACGAGCCGCAGCCCAUCGCCUCGACCGUUGGUCGAUCAACCGAUCGAUCACCGCCAGUAUCUGAUCUACCAUCAAGGCGGAUGUAGUUGUCAGUACUGCCGCUUUCCGCAGUACAAGUGCCAGGCGCUGCUGGUGGCGACCCUAUACGCUCGGUUGGCCUUCCUCAAGGGUCAACUUGGACGCUGUCAGGAGAUUUACGACGCCGUUGGCAAACAUUGGACUCGAAGUCAGAAGGUAUUUGACGGUUCUAGUCUGGUGGGGUGGGACGAGUUUGCUACGUUGAUGGCCAGGGGCUUUCUGUAUUGUGGACAAUUUCGGGCCAAGGAGGGGGAUCUCGAGCAGGCUCGGGGGGAAUUCGAUAGGAGUUUGAAUGUGUUGAAAGGAGUUUCGAAAGAGGACAAGGGCUUGAUGGAAGAAGUGAAGAUGAAUAUCGCCUCAUUGGAAGAUUUGCGAUUAUUGAAUCAGGUUAGGGAGAAGGAGAGCCGAUUUCCGGAAUUUGAAAACUUUAUUAAAGAACAUCCACGACCGGUCUGUCCGCCAACUCCAUCUGUGCAAGUGGGUAGGAUGAACGCGUUUACGCCAAGAGUAGGUACCACUAGGAUAAUGCCAAAGACGGCCGUCAGAGCGGAUGAUCUUAUAAAGCUGGUCGCUCGGAAGCGACUGAAAACUACUCUUGCCAAAGACUAUUGCAAGGAAUCGGAACUGGUCAGUGCCAUGUCGGGAUUGUCCUGUGCCUCGGAAAGGCGACCGAACCCCGUCAGCAUCUUCGUCGACACACCGGAGAAGCCUUCGGGAACAAUCAAGGGCAAAAAGAAGCUCUUUACCCAGGAAGCAUCCUCGAAAGAUUCUGAGGAAUCUCCGAAAAAGCGAGGCCGCCGCAAAAAGACGCAAGAAGGCGAAACGCCGGCAGCUCCGAAGUCCACUCGGAAGAAACGAAUCCAGCUAAGCCCUACCCUGAAGACAUCCUCCUCCAACGAGUCCUUCAAAGAUAUCCUAGUCAAGUGCAGCACUCCCAUCUCGAUAUCCCUCGGGAACAAAUGUCGGACAGCGACCUCAAAAAAGCCGAAAAUGACACCGGCCUUCCCGAAACUGAUCUCCAAGGAAUCGAAAUCUCCGGAGAUCCCACAGAACCAUUCCUUCAAUAGCUCUUUCCGGGAUGUGCUCCUCCAAUCCCUUAGCGAGUCCACCUCCGGCAAACCUUCCGCAAAAGACAGCAGCGUCAUCGUUCUGGACGACUCGGAUGUGAUAAACACCAGUCUCACGCAGAACAAUUCCGUUAACGAAAGCCGAAACGGAUGUCUCUCGUUGAAGAAGUAUUCGGAUCGGAAAACCGCGGCACCGCGUCAACGCAAAAUCAACGCGACCAAGGCGUGCCUUCAGUUUGACACAUCCUCGCCGGUCAUCGACAUCACCACGCCGGAUCAAUCUCCGGCUGUUUUGAGGGCGGUACGUUCGUCCGGUGGAAGUGCAACGACGACGGCAACCACGAAGGACGAUCUGAAGAAGACGCGGGGGCGAACGAAGGCGAACAGGGUGGCGACAGUAACGACCAGCAGCAGUCGAAAGGUGGUGACGAAGGAGGUUUCUCCGGAAGUGGCGGAAGCAGGUGAGGUAGUCGUGCCAAGGACAACGCGGAACAAGGUAAGAACUCGCCGGGGAGAGUAGUUAAAGUAUUUGUAUUAUUUUUUUUGUAAUUCUUUGUAUUUAUGAGCAAUUUUACCCUAGGUUAGUAAACCAAAUUUACGAUUCCGUUUUUAAGUUUUAUUUCGAUAAUGAUAUUCUUCGUUUACUCUGUUGAUUUAGAUCAAUAACAAGCGCUUUAGCAUUUAAUA